GGUCCUUGAACAGCAAUGGCGGAAGCAACAAAGCUAAGUGGGAAUGACGCUCCUCCCAAAGAACCUACUGAAAUGUCCAGUUACAGGGACUGCGUGGAUGUGAUGCUGAGGCUCCUUUCAGACUUUGGAAAACAGAUGAAGCUCCAAUUAGGAGAUACUGCUUUGAGAAUAGAAGUCAACCAUGGCGCUGUGAAUCUAUCAUCACCUUCAGAAGCUCUUCUUCACGGCUAUUUGCAGGAGCAUAUUGCUAAAUUACAGGCUGUUUCAGAAAGCCUGAGGUCGCUCAUGGAGUCUGAGGAUGUUGCUUCUGUGAAAGAAAGCACGUCGGACAAAUCUGUCGCGUCACCCUCGCCCAAGGAGCAGACAGCUGCGUCGUCAGAGCUCCAGUGGCCCGGUUCCGAGGCUGCGGAGAGCAAGACUGAUGACGUCAUGGUCCAGAUCCGAGCCGGAAAGUCAGAGAUUGAGCGGAGAAUAUCUGCAUUUAUGGAACGCAAGCAGAUGGAGAUCAAUGAAAACAAUGUGCGCGAGUUUUGCAACGUGAUCGACUGCAAUCAGGAAAACAGCUGUGCGAGGACAGAUGCAGUCUUUACGCCAUACCCGGGUUUUAAAAGCCACGUAAAAGUCACACGAGUAGUAAACACUUACGGGCCCCAGACUCGUAGCACCGGGGGAGAUGCUGGGGAGCCUCAGAAGGGGCCAACAACCCGAGACUGUGGAAAUGCAGCCAUAGAGGAGCGGCUUCAAAACAUCGAGGCUCAUCUCAAACUCCCAUCAGUGGGGCCAGUCCCUUUGAAUGUUUACCAGAGGCUGAAGAAGAUGGAAGAUCGCAUCCUAGAGUUAGAAGGACUCUCUCCCGAGUACUUUCAGUCCACUAGUCACCUCCACAAGCGGCCUAAGACGUCCACCGCUCAGGCCUGCACUCUCACAGAGCUGGAUGAGAAGAUUAGCGCGGUGAAAGCGGCGCUCCUCAAGAGGGUUUCUGAGUUUGGGCCGGGAUACGGGACCGAUUGUCCACUCUGAUGCACGUCUAAGCACAAUAAAACCAGUCAAGAAUUCAACAUAAGCAUUGUGUGCCUUUUUGUCAAUGCUCGCCAAGUCAUCAGACACGGCAAUAACUUUUAAACACACGCUGAUCCGAAUACAGUUUGUCCUGUUUAUUCUUACGACCUGUUUAUUGCUCUAUUCUUUUACCCACCAUUAGAUCCAAAUCACAAAUAUGCAAAUGUAUAGAUUUAGAUUCACUUGCAAUACAUUACAAUCAAAUAGUUUGAUGCUAAUUUGAAUACAUGCUGCUUUAUUUAAUUAUAAUAAUAAUACAACUACAGAAGUUAAGCACAUAAUUGGAAAAUGUUAUCUUUCUAAGGAGGCCCAGGUGAUGGUAGAGUCAUUGACUUUGCAGCAAUCCCUCAUUUUACAGGUGAAGAAUUGCUGACAUUUGUGUUGAAGUGAAGUUUUUGCUGGCCCUACACUAGAUCCACAUACUUUAUGUACUUAGUUAUGUGCUACCAUAUAUGGUGGUGAUGGCUUGUGUUGGGGAUUUUUGUAUUUCUUUUUUCUUAUUCAGGAAGAACAAAGAUAUGAGCUACGAAUUAGGAAUACACCGAUUUUCAGUUUUGUUGGCUGAUCAUCGAUCUUCUAAUUUGGCUGUUUUUUUUUUGUUUUUGUCUCUAAACUUGCUCCAAAUAUAGCGACAAAGUCACUAAACUGCGUGACUUGUUAAACCGCACGUGCUGAACAUAAAUGGACAGCGACUGAUUUUCAGACCUUUGCAGAAGUGGAUAAAAUUGGUUUUUCAUUCAUGUGUCGCCCGAUCAUCCAAAAUUAAGAAACCUAUCGGUACACCUAUACUAUGAAUACAGUUGUCAACUUGAAAGAUUUUUUAUCAUUUAAGUUUUAUUUUUCAUGAUUAUGAAUUACUGCAUUCUGUCAAAUGCUAGAAUGCACCACUUAAAAAAAAAAAUACAAGAGCACUUUUAGUUGGAGUUUAACAUAAAGCCAGAUAAACUUCUGGUGUAUUGAUCAGGUAUCACCUCCUUUUGGUGUCUAUGAAAUUAAUUAAAGCUGUACUAGAAGGGCUACAAUUGAUCAAACCCAAAAGCAGCAAUCAUUUCAUAGGAGGGGGCCACUAGAAUAUUGCCCUUCUCUUAUUUUGUGAAGUUUCACAUUUGCCUAGAAUCAGUGUCACUACUGUCAUCAUGAGGCGAUAGCUGGUUGUCCUUUGCAUUGGUAUGUUCUACCAGAGGACGUGGUGUUAUUCUCAGCUCUGUUUCAAGAAAUGAGAAGAGUUUCAAGAAGACAGGGACGUAACUUUAGGAUAGUUGCCUCCUAAAGUCACCAGUGUGAAUGGUUCUGACCAAACAAUCAGAAAAGGCCCUGAGAGAUCCAUUGGCGGGAAUACUACUGCACCAUGUGGAGUUCCUGCAAUUAAAUGUUGGAGAAAUGGUUUGGUCUAGCUGUAGCACUGAUUUUUUGUGGAAUUAUCCACCUCCUCUGUAGCUGGAAAGUUUUCUUUUCUAUCAAACAUUGUGGCGUCUUUGACCUCCAAACACAUGACACAGUCUGUAUCAGUAUAUUCACUUAUUUUGUUAUUGAGCUCUGAUGCAUCAUCAAAGGAUUUCCCUAAUUUUUCUUUUUCUGUAAUUGUUCUCUAAAUAGAUGUUUUUGCUUUUCUUUGUGAGAUAAUUGGUAUGUCUAAUUUAAUCAUAAUUUAGGAGUGAACGAUGUAAUUUGAUAACAGUUUGCUUUCAUAUUUUAGUCAGGUUACCGCUAAGCAAUCUAGAAAUAAAAGUAAAGUGUAUUAUUAUUAUUAUUAUUAUUAAUAUUAUUAUCAUGAUAGAUGCAAAACCUCAAUGUAAUUUAUUUUGAAAGCUUCAGGUCUUGUUUUGAAUUUAAGUGUCCGUCCCUUCAAAUUAAGUUAUUUUGUUGGUUUAAAUAGAAACUGUAUCAAACCAAAUUAUAAUGCACCCUUAAAUAAUUCUGAAAAUGUUUUUUUUAAAUCAGAGGCUUGGUAAUUUAAUCUUCGGCAAUGAUGGGAAGGUGUGUGGGCGUGUGCGUGAGUGUGUGUGUGUGUGUGUAAUCGAGACGAACCUCUGUGAGAGAGCACCUGAUUUAUCUUCCCGACCGCUGUGUGACGAUGAUCACCCCUAAUGGUUGUCAUUAUAACAAAUGACCUGAUUACUGCAACUCUGUUUGGAAAACAUACUGGAGACCCAACAAACCAGCAUUAAAUGGGACGCCGCUGCGUUUGACACUGUGACAUGUACAUAAAAGGCUUGUGCGCACGGAUUUUUCGCUGAAGGAAUAAUUAUGCGUUUCCCCUUUAUGAGAAAACCUGAAGAGCUGCUGCGUUUUGGGAAAACUUGUCUUUGAUUUGACAGUUUCAUAUUUAUUUCUUGCGUUGGAGACAUGUCUGUCUUUUAAAACUUCGUAACCCUCAUUAAAGCUCACUUUCAAUUUUCAAAUUAGACAUUAGUUUUACAUUUAAAAUUACAAUACCUAAAAGAAAAAACAGCGAAUGAUGUAACGGCAAAAGGAUGGAGCUUUGUUGUAUUAUUUUAUUUUUGCAUUACCAACUAAGAUAUUUACUUUGCUAAAGAGCCAUUUGUGAAUCCUAAGAAAUUGAAGACAUUCAAAGGAAGUUCAACAUGAUCCAUUGUACUGCUUCAAUAAGGGGUUUGUGUGGAAGUGCUAAUGGUGCAUACGUAACACCCACUACAAUUAUUCUAAACACUGUGCACAAAAGCCUGAAAAAGGUAGUUGUUUGGCUACGUGACCCCAAGAAACCACUCUUUUCUAAAGUUGUGAGCUUUGGAGAUUGUUUUCUUCUCCCUUGAUCUGCUGCCAUGCUGCUUCUGUUCUCUUGUCGUUUAUAAUGGCUUACCAAAAAAACAUACUGUAUGUUACAAAUGAAACACAUUGACCAAAACCUCAAAUCUCAUCCCGUCAUGUUCAGGUGUUGGUUAUGAUACAGCACUUUUUGUAUAGUGCAUGCAUACUGGGAUGAAGGAUGUGGAAUAUUUUGUGUUCAACUGCAUCCGGAUGAGUUGAACUACCUUUGCUGUGAUGUCACUGUCUCAUUUGAUUUGUUUUCCAUAUCUUAGUCGCAGCAAUCUAGGGAUGAAGGUUCAACUCUAGCCGUGGGCCCCCUAGUGGGCAAAUAGUCAUUUGCUUGAACAGAAUAAUCAGAGGCGUAGUUUUUCAGCAGCUUGAUAGCAUAGCAAGUAAUGAAACAUUUUUUUGCAUAUUUGAAGUUUGAAUCGCCUGAGAGCUAUUCCCAAAACAUACACUGAAAUUUUGUAAUUUUGUUAUUAUUUUUUUUUAUUGUGACAUAAUAUAAUUGCUGUAAAUGCAAAAAAUGUUUGUGGUCUUAAAAACUGUAACAAGAUCUGCAUGCACUUUAUUCCAAUCAACAGAGCAGCCAUUUAGCAGGUUAGAGACGUUUAUUGCAAUUGUUUGAUCUUUUAAGUAUAUUAGGAAUGAGCUUAAAGGUUUGAUCUUCAUACAGUUUUGUAGAUACCAAGUGGUUCAGUGGUGCAGUAAAUGCACCAAGUAAAAUAUCCCUUGUGUCUGAACUGGAUCUUUUCAUGACUGUUCUGAUCGCAUUUCACUUUUAUCCUUUGGUUUUUGUGUUAAUCACUCCUUUUUGAACUGGAAGAAUUUCUCUUUAUAACGUAUGAAAGUGCACAUUGGAAAAAGUAACAAGUUCAUGAAAGUAUAAAAAGUACAUUAUCUCAAGUACAUUAACUCUCUGCAACCCAGAGUGAUUUUCAAUGAAUAGACAUAGCAAAGGCAGUUGUUUUCUGUCUAAACAGCAUAAGAUUGUUGUUGAUAAACCAGUGGUGAAAAAGACAUCUGCAUAGGACAUAUAUUGAUGUCUCAGUGCUAACAAAUUGCUAACCAAGCCUACCUUUCAUAGUCUUUUGACCAAAUUUGGGGGAAAAAAGUACUUUUCGUUGUAUUUUUGGGUCAUGUUUGUGGGAGGCAAGUUUCUCAGAAAAGAAAGAAAAACCUCAUACUCUGAGCUUCUUUAAAAAAAAUGCAAGUGAUUAACUGCAAAAUAAAGACAUUUGGAAUAUAUCAGUUUAUAAGCCUGGCUCUGGUCAAUAUCUUUGAUUAAAGCAACUCCUGGGAAGUUUGUGUUUUGCUAAAACUUGUGAAAGUCUUUCUAGUGACUGAACGAUGCUGAAGGUGUGACAAACUGACAUGUACAGAGAAGUCCACCCUUCUCGCGUCUUCAGAAAUUACUGUAACUCCCCUUCCUCCUCUUUGUUUUCGCUCUUUUUACAUCAUGUCACAAUUUAUUUCAGACUUGAUUGAUGGAGUGACCUGAAUAAGCCAGAGGAUCUUGCAUUGUGAUUUUUUUGGGAAGAGAGUGGGGGGAACUUUGAGGGGGAAGAUAUUUCAUUCUUGAAGCGGAAAUGAGGAAGUUUCUUUUCACCCCGUCUUUCAGGUGUACCCCGCUUGUUGACGGCUCUGUCCGUCUCUUGCUCAUACAACUGGAACCCUUGGCGCAAUGAGGGGGCCACAAUGUGCAGAGAAGGGGAGGUGGGAGGGCACUUGAGCUCUGUCGAUAUGAAUGUGGGGAGAGGGUUGGGUAUUCUCAUUGUUCCCUGGAAGCUUUUGUCUCAGACACAGCCCCCUUAUGAGGGUUAAUGAGGACAAAUUGGUCUGAGUGUAACAAAUGGAUUAUGGAGCGGGACAAAAGCUUGUAUUUGGUGUGCUGCUUUUGUUGGGAUCCACCCAUCAUCUGCCUACUGAGCCAAACGUGCCGAGAAGAGCCUACAAGGACAUGGAUUGCUAAAUAUCUUAUGAUUAUCUGGUCCUAGUGUGAAGAUACACCUUGCAGGAUACUUUUUUUUUAGUUAGAUUUCAUUAAAAUGUAAUAUACACAGCAAUGUGAUAAGUUUUCCUCCCGAUGUUGCUGAUUUCUUAAAGUUAAUAUGUCGACAUUAGUUUCAGUGGUUAGUGCUCCAGGGUUGGAUGGGCAUAGCGUAUCCUUUUAAAAUCACAAUGAACCACUCACUUCCUAUUGACUCUGUAAUUCCUGCCUGUCAAUCAGUCCCCUCUUCUGCUCCGUGUCUUGAAAUGUACUUGGGAAGCUCGGUAAAAAAGACACAGAGGUGUUCCUUGUCUUCUGUGCGUCCAGUUGUAUUUUUUUAUUUUAUUUUAUUUUUUUGUGGGGUCGAAGGAGAGGAUUCAUAUCCAUUCAUAUCUCGCAAACUCUUAAUGGGCUCCAAGCCCUCCAAAAAGAAAGCUCUUUCCUGUGACUAGUCAGCUCCAGUCUUUAUUCAUCUGUGGCUCCGUGUCAAAAAAGACUGUUGCUCGUUUGUCGCUCGAACAAUGAGGAACAAGGCUGAAUCUCUGGCUGGGAACAAAAGAUGGAAAACAGGCUUUUCACUCUGCAGAACAUUAGAUUCUGACACAUUUUGCCAUGGCAGUUUUUUUUUUUCCCUCCCCAUCCUGAGUGCUCUGGCUCCGGUCUUAUAAAGAGACCACCUGUUGGCAACAAGCCCGUUCUUCAUUACUGACAGGCCUAUUAUCGCAGGAUGAGGAGCACCACAGGCUAACUUUUUUAAGUUAACCCUGCUGCAGUUUCUAAACCUCGCCAAUUGGGAAGCACAGAUUACGUGAUAGCACUGGAAAACCUAUUUCUGCUCAUAAUUUUGUAUGUUGCGCAUGAGUAAGGGCUGUGAGGGAAGUACUUCAUUCAUGUCCUUGUUAGGCGCAAAUGUUACAAACCGUUCGGCUCGGCUGUGGACAGAUUAAAUCAACUACAGGGAGGGAUUCUGAACCAUUUUCAGGAAUUUUGUGAGUUUUUUUUUUUCGAAAACAUCAAAAUUUGUCUUUAGUGUUCAGUAUACAAAAUAAUUAAUAUGCCUUGCACUUUUUUAUCACUUUAUUACAUUACAACUACAGACUUGAGUAUGUUUUGUGUGGAUUUUACCAUAUGUGAUAGACCAACAGAAAGCAGUGCCUAAGAGUGAAGUGGAAAUAUUAUGUUUUUUUGCUUUUGUUUUUUUACAAAUAAAGAGCUGAAAAGUGCGGCGUGCAAUAGUAUUCAGCCACUUUUGCGUCCAUAUUGGUUAACAUAGCUUUUGCUCCAAUUAUAGCAGCAAGUUUUUUCUGUGAUAUGACUCUGAGUUUGCUGAACAUUGACUUUUAAUCGCCACUGAUUCUUAAUUGAAUUGUGAUAAAUUAAUCUGCAUUGAUUAAAAACAUACAGCUCUGGCUUCCACCACUUA